AUGAAGAAAGCUUUUAUUACAGGGAUCACUGGACAAGAUGGCUCCUACCUUGCAGAACUCCUGCUAGAACACGGCUACGAAGUACAUGGCCUGAUACGCAAGAGCACUGCAUUGGAAGGGGCGAAUUUGGAGAACAUUCGUCAUAUACUGGGAAAGUUACAUCUACAUGGUGGCGACAUCAUGGACUGCCCUUGUCUUAUCCGAAUUCUUAAUGUCAUCUGUCCCGACGAGAUCUAUCAUCUUGCCGCCCAAUCCCACGUGACGCUCUCGUUUGUAAUGCUGGAUUACACAUUUCAAGUCAAUCAGCAGGGUACAAUGAACCUGUUACAGUCCAUCGUGAUAUGUGGACUGGAGAAAAGAAUUCGGUUGUACAACGCGACCACAUCAGAGCUUUUCGGGGGCACCAGCAACGAAACUUGUGUUCUGAACGAAGGCUCACCGUUCCGCCCCCAGUCACCAUACGCGAUCUCGAAGCUUAGUACAUACUGGCUUGUGCAGAAUUUCAAAAAAGCACACGGCGCGUAUGCAGUGAAUGGAAUUCUUUUCAAUCAUGAGUCAGGCCGUCGGGGUAGCCGGUUCGUUACGAAACGGAUAGCUAGGGAAGCGGCCCGUUACGCGCAAGGCAACGCGGAGUUCCCGCUCACACUGGCAGGGGUCCACAUGUCUAGGGAUUGGGGUCACGCGCGUGACUACGUCCGUGGGAUUUGGCUCAUGCUACAACAGGACACCCCAGAGGAUUUGGUUCUUGCGACAGGAGAGGGAACUACUGUGAAACAAUUCGUCGAAGCAGCAUACGAUCAUGUUGGGGUUGCCUUACGAUGGGAAGGCUGUAAUGAUCGCAUGGUAGCUGUAGAUGAAAGCAAUAGUAAGAUACUGGUGAAGAUCAAUCCAGAUCUUCGCCGAGCAGUCGAAGUUGAAUGCUUGUUGGGAGACAGCAGCCGUGCGAGGCAGAAACUUGGCUGGAAACCAGAAAUCUCGCUUGAGUCUAUGGUGGCGGAGAUGGUGGACGCCGAAUUCCUUCGACUGACCAAGGAUGCCGCUCGGGCUACGGCGCCGUGAGUUAUGGCAAGCUUAUAACCGUAAUCUGGUCGAUGUGGGCAUAGAUGACAUACAUGAAAAACCUUUUUUUUAUUUUCAUAUUUGAUGUUAUGUAAAUAUUGGGACCUUGACGGAUCCUAGAGCCUGGGAAUCUCGCGCAAUAUGGUUCGACACAUAGUCUUACGCAACUGUCGAUGCACAAAAGUCUCCCCACAAGGAAAUAGAGUGUAACGGACCCAGUCAAAGUUAUCCAUUCUCGGACU